AUGGGUGGAGAAGCGAGCACGAGGGAUAAGGGGUGGGAUGGAGGCGGUGUUCGAUCGCGACAGGAGCAGGGGAAGGAGCAGGAUCAGGAGAAGAAGCAGGAGCAGGAGCAGAAUCAGGAGCAGGAGAAGGAGCACAGGAGCACAGGAGCACAGGAGCAGGAUCAGGAGCAGGAACAGGAUCAGGAGCAGGAGCAGGAGCAGAAUCAGGAGCAGGAGCAGAAUCAGGAGCAGGAGCAGAAUCAGGAGCAGGAGCAGGAGCAGGAGCAGGAGCAGGAGCAGGAGCAGGAGCAGGAGCAGGAGCAGGAGCAGGAGCAGGAGCAGGAGCAGGAGCAGGAGCAGGAGCAGGAGCAGGAGCAGGAGCAGGGGGCGGAGCAGGGGGCGGAGCAGGUCCCAGUGAGCAGCCUCUUCUGA